CACUGACUAUUUCACCAUCACCGACCGAUCACGACAAAAAAUUUCAGUUGAACUCGAUUUUGCGAUCCUCAUCCCAUACCCAUUCAUGCAAAGUUUUUAUAAUGAUGUUGAGUGCAUUUGGCGCAAAUGAGCAACAUUAGCGUGAAGUCAUGCGGACCAAUCAACUGCGAGCUCGAAACGGCCAAGAGUUUUUUAACAUUGCGCAAAUUCGCCUCCUUCUGCGGGUUACCAACGUGCAAAGAUCAGAAUCGCGAUGCCACCUCUAAGUCCCCCUUUGAACUAACGCAGACGCUCGAAUAUUGUAGACGAUCGAAUUGCAUGGAGUUUUGGACCGCAGCUUCCAGCAAUGCGAGCAAACAAUCAUCGACCAUUUCAAGCCUCAGAACUUCCAGGACUCUGGAGUUGCCCAAAAAACGCAAAUCCUGCCUGAUUGAUAUUCAAUCGUCCAGCCGGAUCUUCAGUUCGCCGGAGUGCGACCAACCGAGUUGUCCGAAGAAAACGAAAAGUCAAACCAACGAGAGUAGGGAGGAGCAUGAAAAUGAGGUUCAGAUAAACAUUUGCGGUCCUCCAGAGUGCUGCAGCGGCAUCGAUUUGGUCUCAGCGGUCGAUUUUACUGUCGUCUGCGACUUGGAGAGCCACCUGUGCAAAAGCCUGACUGAAAAAAGCGUCAGUGUGAACAGCCCGAGAAAACGCAACGAAAUUUACUACUGCGUUUCACCGUCCCUGCAAAAAGAGCUGCAACUGUCCGACAAUAGCAAAGAAGUGCGCCGAUACGCUAAGGCCGAAACUGUAAUCAAUGCCCAUCUGAUGAAGAAGGACCGUUUUCUAUCAGACUCUUGUCGAAAGGAUUCCAAGAAAAAGCUUGCACCAACGCACCGAAGAGCCACACUUCCUGACGACUUCACCAAUAACCCUGCAGAAACUGACGAAAUUGAAACGUCUUUUCACGCGUUUCGCUCCAACACUACUCUGGUCAGCCAGACCAUGAAGGCCCCCAAAGCCAAAGAGCCUUCAAGCGCUGCCAUCGGCAGUAGGAAAUCUUUGGAAAAUUCGCAGGAUCUGCCGAAAACUCCGUCGCCCUCCAGCACGGCGGUCGGACUGGCGCACACGAUCAGCCCCAAUACGCCGUUCCAGGAGUUUCCUUUGAGGCCUCAAACCCUCACCAGCAAGGAGGGAAACAUCGUCAAGAGCUACUUGAGCGGGAGCGAUAAGGAGUCGAUGCUUCCUGCCACUAAGCCAGUGCAGAUCAGCAGGCGAAACCCUGGGGAGGUAAACGCACUUCUAAAGGCCGUUUAUUCCAUAUCUAGUGCGGAUUUUCCUCCGACUCCUGUUGGGAUGGAGGCGUCGCAACAUGGCAAUUACAAGCUGGACCAGACGGAGCUGGCGCAAGCCCUAAACAGGGAAAGCGUCGGGGGGCAAUCAAAGGAAAAUGGCCUGGAAAAGCCUCCGGCUUUUCCAGACACCCGCCAACUUGGGCAGCUUCCAGCCUCAAGUGUCAGGGGCGGACAAAACGACGAGGCUAAAAUUUCUUCCACAUGCUCUCCUACAAACUGCGAGUAUUUGCGGGGGCUGAAGAAGUGGAAGAAUUGCUGCAGCAGCCCGCUGUGCCCAAUCAACGACCCGACCAGCAGCACCCACAAUUUCCUGCUGAAAGUGCGAAUGUGCUGCGGGCAGCGGAAAUGCCAACUAGCCACAAAAAUUUGCGACAUCUACGAGCCUCUGGUGCACAUCGAGGAGGACUUCGGUGCAGUUGGAGAUGAGCAGUAUCACUAUCUGGCCACUGAUGCUUCAACAGAAGCCCAACCAGAAAGUUCAGCGGCAUCAAUCGAAAUCAGUCUUCUUGAUGUGCAUGAGGCCACGCCACUGGAGGAUCCGAGGGAAGAAUUGGAAGAAGUAGAGUUGCCCAGCGUGCCGCAAAGAUCCAGCGACAGUAUCAGCGAUCAGAAUGCUGCGGAAUCGUCCAGAAGAACCAGCACAGUGAGCUGGAAUGUGCCGCACGAAGACACUGCUGGCCCAUCCACUAGCCAAGAACAAAUUGUGUCGCGCGCCACAGAGGCGGCGGACAAGUUUCGUCAAGCUCCGGUCGCC